AAUUUCUCGUCUGUUCGUGGUUGCAGCCCAAGUACGGAGUCAGAGGAAUGCAAAACUUUGGCGCAUUUACCAGCAAAUAUUUGAGUACCAUCUCUUGUUCGGACUCUCACAGUAUUUGAUAGCCCGAUAUCGUUUAGUAUAAAACCUAUCUGUCUUUAGCUAAGGGCCCGAAAUGUCGAUAUUUACGCCCACGAACCAGAUACGGUUGACUAACGUCGCCGUGGUUCGCAUGAAGAAAGGCGGUAAGCGCUUCGAGAUUGCCUGCUACAAGAACAAGGUUGUGGCUUGGAGAAACGGCGUGGAGAAAGACAUUGACGAAGUUCUCCAGAUGCACACCGUGUACACGAAUGUCUCCAAGGGCCAGGCUGCCAAGAAAGAGGACCUCAUCAAGUGCUUUGGUACAGAAGACCAGACCAAGAUUUGCAAAGAGAUCCUGACCAAGGGUGAGCUCCAGGUGUCGGAGAAGGAACGCCACAGCCAGCUGGAAUCGAGCUUUCGGGACAUUGCCACCCUGGUGGCCGACAUGUGCAUCAACCCAGAGACCAAGCGGCCCUACCCCGUCAGCAUUGUCGAGAGGUCCAUGAAGGAGGCACACUUCUCGGUGCGGCCCAACAAGAGCACCAAGCAGCAGGCUCUAGAGGCCAUCCGUCAGCUGAAAGAAGUGAUGCCCCUGGAGCGGUCACAGAUGAAGUUGCGCGUGGUGUUGCCACAGGGCAAAAACGUGCGGCCACGCCUGGAAGCACUCGCUUCAUCCGUCGAGAUGGCCACCAUCCAUGGUGACACGGGCACCCUCGAGAUGGUGCUUCUGACGGACCCGGGCAACUUCCGGCAAGUGGACGAGCUCGUGAGCAAGGAGAGCAGAGGCCGCGGUCAGCUGGAGGUCAUCAGCCUCAAGGAAAUCCAGGAAGGAGAUGAGCUGCUCGAGUGACUGCAUCGUAAUCUCGUCGGCCGCAGCCUUUGCAUCACGUCAGAUACGAAAGUCCCCAUAUAGAUUUCCAUUCGCGACAGAGGCUGUGGCGUUAAUAGACUGGUACCUGGUGUCGUGGCCGAGGUGGUAUGAAAAGGUAGAAGAAACUAAACGACGUUGCGUGUUGAUUGUAUUCAAAUUAGUUGUUUGGUGAUCAUGCCAGUAAAAAGACAUCCUCGGGAACAGGGGGCUGCUUGCCUCUAGCUGUUGUGAUGGGGCAUGUCACAGAGGCCUUGGAGGUACUGUAUGUAAAGGUAUUUUAGAUGAGGAGCAUGGAAAAACUGUUCAAAUUAUGUUUUUCUCAUUGUGCAUAAAAUGAAUAAACUUAUACAAGUCAUUGGAAUGCCUGUUUCUUUUUUCGUA